UUGAAAAGCUAUGACGUCCCUUGGACAACUCGCUAUAUUUUUAGCACUUUUCCAAUUUUAUGAUUUAUCAACAUGUAUAAAUACUAAUACAGAUAAAUCAGAUUCUUCGAAAUUUUCAAAUAUUAAUGAACGGUUACAAGUACAAGUUUCUGGUUCAACUAACAUUAAUUCUAAAACGAAAGAAACAAAGAGUACGGAUAAUAAAUUAAAAAAUGAGGGUACGACAGACUCUAAAGAUGAACCAAAUGUUAGUACCAAUGAUAAAACUAAAGCAGACAAUAUUAAAAAUGAGUCGAAUCUAGAAAGUAACACAAAGACAAAUGAGGAAUUAAAGGACGAUAAGAAAAAAAAUAAAGCAAAUAUUUCAGGCAACGUUUCUGGUCAGGUUUCAGACAAAUCAAAAAUUGAAAGCAACGUUGGCAAAAAACCAGGAAGUGGUUUAAAGACUGGGGAGAUAAAAAAUAAAUCAAGUAUCUCUGGCAAUGCUUCUGGUAGUCCUUCUGGCAAUGUUUCUGGCAGUGCUUCUGGCAACAUUUCUGGUAAUGGUUCUGGUAGUGUUUCUGUCAAUGUGUCUGGAAAUAUUAAACCUAAGACAGAUAACGCAUCAACCAACAAGGACACAUAUAUUUCUACAGACAAAUCAGAACUUGGAAGCAACGUUGACAAGAAACCGGAAAAUGGUUUAAAGAAUGGGGAGGUUAAAAAUAAAUCAAAUAUCUCUGGCAAUGUUUCUGGCAGUGUUUCCGGAAAUGUUUCUGGAAAUAUUAAACCUAAAACUGAUAGUGCAUUAAAAAAGAAGGACACAGAUGUUUCUUCAGACAAAUUAAAACUUGGAAGCAACGUUGACAAAAAAACGAAAAAUGGUUUAAAGAAUGGGGAGAUAAAAAAUAAAUCAAGUACCUCUGGCAAUGCUUCUGGUAGUUCUUCUGGCAAUGUUUCUGGCAGUGCUUCUGCCAAUGUUUCCAGAAAUGUUUCUGAAAAUAUUAAACAUAAAAACAAGGACACAGAUGUUUCUUCAAACAAAUCAAAAAUUGGAAGCAACGUUGACAAGAAAACAGAAAAUGGUUUAAAGAAUGGGGAGAUAAAAAAUAAAUCAAAUAUCUCUGGCAAUGUUUCUGGUAAUUCGUCCGGCAAUGUUUCUGGCAGUGCUUCGGUCGGUAUUUCCGGAAAUGUUUCUGGAAAUAUUAAACCUAAAACUGAUAAAGCUAUAAAAAACAAAGACACAGAUAUUUCAGCAGACAAAUCAAAAAUUGGAAACAACGUUGACAAGAAACCAGAAAGUGGUUUAAACAGCGAGGAAAUACAAAGUAAAUCAAAUAUCUCUGGAAAUAUUUCUGGUAGUGUUUCUGUCAAUGUCUCUGGAAAGAAUUCUGGUAAUAUUAAAUCUAAAGUCGACAACGGAUUAAAAGGUAAAGAUGUAGGUAAUACAAAAGUAGAAUCAAAUAUUGAAGCGGAUGUUAAAAACCAAUUAGAUAAAAAAGACAUACCAAACAAAAGCAAUGGUGGUAAUGUUAAUAUAAAGUUUGAAGAUGGAUUAAAAAAUAUUCCUAAAAAUGAAGCCAAAGAAAUAGCCAAUAAUAAACCAAAUAUUUCUAAGGAAUUAAAUAUUAACGGUAGUGUGAAGAUUAAUGUAACUGCAAGCAAUGAAUUUUACAUAUCUGGAACAGCUGCAGAGAAAAUGUUUGAAAAGAAGUUCCCAUUAAAAAUUAAAGACAUAAAGAUUGUUGAGAAAGAAUAUGAAAAACUUAAAAAAGAACUUACAAGUCUAGUUCAGACAGAGCACAAAAAAUUAUCCACUCCAGAGCUUUUGGAGCGAAUAGCUAAGCUUGAACCGUAUAAAGUUAGAGCUGCAUUUGCUAUAAUUUUGUUUCAUAUAAUAGACCCAGCAGAGAAAACUACCGUUGUAAUAACCCAAUUUGCUGUUCUCAUGAAAAGAUUAUUAAUCGAAAAAGUAUCUCUUCCAAUAGACCAGUUCCUGAGAUGGAAAAUUGAAAGUUUGAGCAUGAGUUUACCACUGUCAAUAAGAUACGCCGUCAUGUCUGAAGAAGUUUAUAUAUUUAACGUUAAAUACCAGGAAUAUUUUUAUGCGUCUCAUAAUUUGCAACCAAACAAAAAUCGUUACACUUUUACUUGGGUCCCUAAAGUCGAUAUUAAUAAUACAUUUGGUGAAGAAGGAGGAUGGAAAUUUUUUGUUCUUGAAGAUAAACCUUUAGGUAACUUUACCAUUAGAAAUAAAGCUUAUAAUGAUUAUUUAAUGACCGGUGGAAGUAUUUUUGGAGAGGAUGUUAAUACAAGAUUAGUUUUGACUAGAUUUGAUGGUAACGCUAAUGAAUAUGGUAGAUGGACUGUAGAACCAUGUCAAGAUCUAAGAUAUUUGCACAUAAGGAAUUAUCUUGGGGAGUAUUUGUAUGCUGUUGGAGACGACUGGGUCUUUGAUAAUAAGAGGAGAAGGGUUUAUUCGUGGAUAACAGGAACUAAUAAAACAGACACAUCAUCAAUGUGGCAAAUAUUUCCAUUUGGUUCAAAGAACGAAGAGAUAGCCAGUUCCGAAAAUACAGCAAAUGUUUAUGGCAAAGUUUCUGGCAGUGCUUCUGGCAGUGUUCUUAACAGUGUUUCUGACAAUGUUUCCGGUAAUGUUUCUGGCAAUAUUAAACCUAAAACUGAUAAUGGAUUAAAAAGUAAAAAUGCGGGUGAUACAAAAGUUGAAUCAAGCAUCACUAGUAACAUUAAAGUGGAAGUGAAAAAACAAUUAGACAACGAAGACAUUAAAAAUAAAACAAACAUUAAUAUAAAGUUUGAAGAUGGAUUAAAAAAUAUUCCUAAAAAUGAAGCCAAUGAAAUAGCCAAAAAUAAACCAAGUAUUUCUAAUGAAUUGAGUGAUAGUGGAAUGUCUUCAAAUAUUAACGGAAGUGUGCAGCUUAAUGUAACAGCAAGCAAUGAAUUGUACAUAUCUGGAACUGCUGCAGAGAAGAUGUUUGAAAAGAAAUUCCCAUUAAAAAUUAAAGAUUUAAAUAUUGUUGAAAAAGAAUAUGAAAAACUUAAAACACAACUUACUAGUGUGGUUCAGUCAGAGUACAAAAAAUUAUCCACUCCAGAGCUAUUGGAGCGAAUAGCUAAGAUUGAACCAUAUAAAAUUAGAACUACAUGUGUUAUAAUUUUGUUUCACAUAAUAGACCCAACAGAGAAAACUACUGUUGCAAUAACCCGAUUAGCUGUUCUCAUGAAAAGAUUAUUAAUCGAAAAGGUAACUCUUCCAAUUGAUCAGUUUCUGAGAUGGAAAGUUGAAGGUUUGAGCAUGAGUCUACCACUAUCAAUCAGAUACGCUGUCAUGUCUGAAGAAGUUUAUAUAUUUAACGUUAAAUAUCAGGAAUAUUUUUAUGCGUAUCAAAAUUUGCAUCGAGACAAGAACCGUUACACUUUUACUUGGGACACUAAAAACGAUAUCAAUGGUACAUUUGGUGCAGAAGGAGCAUGGAAAUUUAUAGUUCUUGAAAGUAGACCUUUAGGUAAUUUUACCAUUAGAAAUAAAGCUUAUAAUGAGUAUUUAAGGACCGGUGGAAGUGUUUUUCGACAGGACCUUAAUGCAAGAAUGGUAGUGAGUAGAUUUGAUGGUAACACUAAUGAAUAUGGUAAAUGGACAAUAGAACCAUGUCAAGAUCUAAGAUAUGUGCACAUAAGGAAUUAUCUUGGAGAGUACAUGUAUGCCGACGACUGGGUCAUUGAUAAUAGGAGGAGAUGGGUUUAUACGUGGGUGACAGGAACUAAUAAAACAGACCCAUCAUCAAUGUGGAAAAUAUUUCCUUAUGGUUCAAAGAGCGAAGAGACAGCCAAUAACGAAAAUAAAGCUAGUGUUUUUGGAAAUGUUUCUGGCAAUGUUUCUGGCAAUAUUAAACCCAAAACUGAUAAUGGAUUAAAAAGUAAAGAUGCGGGUAAUAUAAAAGGUGAAUCAAGCAUCACUAGUAAAAUUAAAGUGGAUGUGAAAAAACAAUUAGACAACGAAGACAUUAAAAAUAAAACAAACAUUAAUAUAAAGUUUGAAGAUGGAUUAAAAAAUAUUCCUAAAAAUGAAGCCAAAGAAAUAGCCAAAAAUAAACCAAGUAUUUCUAAUGAAUUGAGUGAUAGUGGAUUGUCUUCAAAUAUUAACGGAAGUGUGCAGCUUAAUGUAACAGCAAGCAAUGAAUUUUACAUAUCUGGAACUGCUGCAGAGGAGAUGUUUGAAAAGAAAUUCCCGUUAAAAAUUAAAGAUUUAAAUAUUGUUGAAAAAGAAUAUGAAAAACUUAAAACACAACUUACUAGUGUGGUUCAAUCAGAGUACAAAAAAUUAUCCACUCCAGAGCUAUUGGAGCGAAUAGCUAAGCUUGAACCAUAUAAAGUUAGAACUACAUGUGCUAUAAUUUUGUUUCACAUAAUAGACCCAACAGAGAAAACUACUGUUGUAAUAACCCGAUUAGCUGUUCUCAUGAAAAGAUUAUUAAUCGAAAAGGUAACUCUUCCAAUUGAUCAGUUUCUGAGAUGGAAAGUUGAAGGUUUGAGCAUGAGUCUACCACUAUCAAUCAGGUACGCUGUCAUGUCUGAAGAAGUUUAUAUAUUUAACGUUAAAUAUCAGGAAUAUUUUUAUGCGUAUCAAAAUUUGCAUCGAGACAAGAACCGUUACACUUUUACUUGGGACACUAAAAACGAUAUCAAUGGUACAUUUGGUGCAGAAGGAGCAUGGAAAUUUAUAGUUCUUGAAAGUAGACCUUUAGGUAAUUUUACCAUUAGAAAUAAAGCUUAUAAUGAGUAUUUAAGGACCGGUGGAAGUGUUUUUCGACAGGACCUUAAUGCAAGAAUGGUAGUGAGUAGAUUUGAUGGUAACACUAAUGAAUAUGGUAAAUGGACAAUAGAACCAUGUCAAGAUCUAAGAUAUGUGCACAUAAGGAAUUAUCUUGGAGAGUACAUGUAUGCCGACGACUGGGUCAUUGAUAAUAGGAGGAGAUGGGUUUAUACGUGGGAGACAGGAACUAAUAAAACAGACCCAUCAUCAAUGUGGAAAAUAUUUCCUUAUGGUUCAAAGAGCGAAGAGACAGCCAAUAACGAAAAUAAAGCUAGUGUUUUUGGAAAUGUUUCUGGCAAUGUUUCUGGCAAUAUUAAACCCAAAACUGAUAAUGGAUUAAAAAGUAAAGAUGCGGGUAAUAUAAAAGGUGAAUCAAGCAUCACUAGUAAAAUUAAAGUGGAUGUGAAAAAACAAUUAGACAACGAAGACAUUAAAAAUAAAACAAACAUUAAUAUAAAGUUUGAAGAUGGAUUAAAAAAUAUUCCUAAAAAUGAAGCCAAAGAAAUAGCCAAAAAUAAACCAAGUAUUUCUAAUGAAUUGAGUGAUAGUGGAUUGUCUUCAAAUAUUAACGGAAGUGUGCAGCUUAAUGUAACAGCAAGCAAUGAAUUUUACAUAUCUGGAACUGCUGCAGAGGAGAUGUUUGAAAAGAAAUUCCCGUUAAAAAUUAAAGAUUUAAAUAUUGUUGAAAAAGAAUAUGAAAAACUUAAAACACAACUUACUAGUGUGGUUCAAUCAGAGUACAAAAAAUUAUCCACUCCAGAGCUAUUGGAGCGAAUAGCUAAGCUUGAACCAUAUAAAGUUAGAACUACAUGUGCUAUAAUUUUGUUUCACAUAAUAGACCCAACAGAGAAAACUACUGUUGUAAUAACCCGAUUUGCUGUUCUUAUAAAAAGAUUAUUAAUCGAAAAAGUAUCUGUUCCAUUAGACCAGUUUCUGAGAUGGAAAAUUGAAGGUUUGAGUAUGAGUCUACCACCAUCAAUAAGAUACGCCGUCAUGUCUGAAGAAGUUUAUAUAUUUAACGUUAAAUACCAGGAAUACUUUUAUGAGUUUUAUAAAGUGCAGUCAGACAAGAAUCGUCAAACUUUUGAAUGGAUUCCCAAUCUUGAAAACAAUCGUACAUUCGGUAAAGAAGGAGGAUGGAAAUUUGGUGUUAUUGAAGACAAACCCUUUGGUAAUUUUACUGUCCGAAACAAAGGUUAUAAUGAUUAUUUAAUGGCUGGUGGAGCUGUGUAUGAUCGUGAUUAUAAUUCAAGAAAAGUUUUGAGUAGAUUUAAUGGUAACACUUAUGAUUAUGGUAGGUGGACUAUAGAACCAUGCCAGGAUCUGAAAUAUUUACACAUAAGGAACUACCUAGGGGAGUACAUGUAUGCUGUUGGUAACGAUUGGCUCUAUGAUAAAAAGAGGCGGAGGGUUUACACAUGGAUAGCAAGACCUAACACAACAGACACAGCAUCAAUGUGGCAAAUACUUCCAUUUAAAUAACGUUUUAUAAAACAAGUAUUAAAAAUCAUGUCAAUAAAAUAUACCAAUUUAAAUACA